GCAGCAAUGGCGUCUUCCAUUGCGGUGUGCAGGUUACGUAUGAGGGGCAGCCUCUCUAGAUGCUUUAAAAAGGUGGAUUCAUGUUUUCAAAGAAAGUUCGGAACUAGUACUGAUGCUACGAAGACCGAUGCACCCAAUAAGAAAUAUAAAAUCGAACCAAAGGAUGGAAGCAAAUCUUUUUACACAGUCCAAGAGGAGAAGAUAGAGCAGGCAGAGAGAUCUGUCCUUAUCAGCUGCCCGGCCAAAACCAACGAGAAAAAGUUCCUCCAGUAUUUAUCCAGACAUGGAGAUAUCAACAAAUGUUUCUUUUAUGAAAGCUACGGUACAUAUGCUGUGGUGGAGUUUGCCAACAAGGAGAGCCUCAAAUCACUGCACGAAGGAACGGCCAUCCCCAGUAUCAACCAUGAAGCUACAGUGCCUUUCAAGUCCAGACUGCUUUCGCUCAGAAACACUGGUCCUUUAGACCUGUCCAAUGGCCAGUCUGCCCCUCAGUGCCAACCACAGACCACCAUACCCAUUAACGACCUCAUACAGAGAAUGUCCAAAGAAGACAGUAUAGACAAACAAAUCUCCUCCCUUACAGAGACGUACCAGCUGACGGAAGAGAACGUCUGCCUGCGCUUCCUGGUCUGCUCCCUCCUGAAGGAUAUAGCCGCUGCAUAUUUCCCAGAAUGCACUAUUCGGCCCUUUGGCUCUUCCGUGAACGGCUUCGGGAAGCUGGGCUGUGACCUAGACAUGUUUCUGGACCUGGACAGCAUCAGUGGGAGGAAUCUGAAGAAGCCAAAAGCAGGGCUCUCCUUGGAGUACCAGACAAAGAGGUCUGCAUCUGAGCGGGCGGCUACCCAGAGUAUCCUGUCUGUGAUCGGGGAGUGUGUAGACCAGUUUGGGCCCGGCUGUGUCGGGGUGCAGAAGAUUCUCCAGGCUCGCUGUCCCCUGGUCCGCUUCGCCCACCAGCCAUCAGGGUUCCAGUGUGACCUCACUGCCAACAAUAGGGUGGCGAUGAAGAGCUCAGAGCUGCUGUACCUGUAUGGAGGGCUGGACCAGCGGGUACGUUACCUGGUGUUCAGUGUCCGGUGCUGGGCUCGGGCCCACAGUAUCACCAGCAGCAUACCUGGAGCCUGGAUCACCAACUUCUCUCUCACUGUCAUGGUCCUAUUCUUCCUCCAGAGGAGGACUAUUCCUAUUCUACCCACCCUGGACCACCUCAAGGAACUAGCAGGCCCCAUAGAUAAGAGUGUCAUCGAGGGAAACGACUGCACGUUUGUCAGCGACUUCACAAAAAUACAACUGCAGGACAACACAGAGACAUUAGAGCAACUGCUGCAGGAGUUCUUUGAGUUCUAUGGAACCUUCGCAUUCAACCGCAUGUCUAUAAACAUCAGAAAGGGCAGGGAGCAAAACAAACCUGAGGUGUCCCCAUUGCACAUCCAGAACCCCUUUGAGCCUGCGCUGAACGUCAGUAAGAAUGUUAACGGAACGCAGCUGGAGCGCUUCGUGGCGCUGUGUCGGGAGAGCGCCUGGAUGCUGCAGCAGCGGGAGUUCAACUUACCGCACAGCGGUAACGGGGCCAGUACCGGAAACAACGCCCCCUGGGGCCUGGCAGCGCUCCUCAUGCCCUCUGUCUCCCAGGCGGCCGGGGUUAAAAGUCGUAAGAAGAGGAAGAGAGAGCCGGCCAGCGAGAGGAUAAAGGGCCUGCUGGAUUCUCUAAAGAACAGGGAGGAGAAGAAGAGCUAGAGAGCGGCCAUGCAGAACAGCCCCACUAGAGGUCACUGGUGAGUUCUGGGUCUAUGGGUAACAGUGGCUAUGUACCCUAUCAUGGCCGUAAAGAAUGGACAUGUUUGGACUUGUCCAAUUGCUUUUCACACAACUGCAAAUAACCGAUCAGAGCCAAACCAAGCUGUACUGAUAUGCCCUGCGCUAUGGUUGCUGUAACCUACCUGAAAAGGACAAUGUGACAACAGUUUGGUUCUGUUCAGCACGGUAGUGUGAAAAGGGUACCUGUGACCAGAUGCUCGUUAUAAGAAAGCCGGACUACUCUACAUGGCGACGUUUGCAAAUAGAUGUACAUAAAGAUAUUAAGUUAUAGCGUCUGCUGACAUCUUUUUGUUUGUAUACAUUUAUAUCAGAUGUAUUCAGAUGUUGUUUUUUAUUAAAGGUCCUGAACAGUCAUUCUGAAAAGUCAUUCUCUCAUGGCUAACUACCAGGAAGUUUGAAAAGACAGGCUGAGUUGGCGGGGAGCUUAUAUUCAUGAGCUCAACUUGACUGCCAGCUCUUUGAAAUGCCUAUGUCAAGAAACUUGGAUGCAGUGAGCAGUGUUUCAGUAAAGCAACUCAAACAAUA